AUGCUCAAACUGCUCCUUCUCGUCGUCGUCCUGCUCACCGGCUCCGCGAGCAGCCAAGUCUCCGUGACGCCGAAAUACGAGUGCUACUGGGGUCGAUGCGAGUUCGGCGUUCCCAAAAAGAUUUGUCUGACCGGAUUCGAGUGGAGUGGAAAGGCGGACCGAUGCAUUCUCAUGCCGGGCGCCAAGAAGUAUUAUUGUUGUCCGACGACGAAUUGA